AUGGUAAAAGACCAGAAAUUCUACGACAUCCUCGGGGUGUCGCCCGACGCCUCUGAGGCACAACUCAAGUCAGCAUACAAGAAGGGUGCGCUGAAAUGGCAUCCCGACAAGAAUGCCCACAACCCAGAGGCCGCCGACAAGUUCAAGGAUCUGUCACACGCAUACGAAGUCCUCUCCGACCCACAGAAGCGCCAAUUAUACGACCAGUAUGGUGAAGAGGGUCUCGAACAGGGUGGCGGUGGAGGCGGCAUGGCUGCCGAAGACCUGUUCGCACAAUUCUUCGGCGGUGGAGGUGGCCCCUUUGGCGGCAUGUUCGGCGGCGGUAUGGGUGGUGGCCGCGAACAAGGCCCCAAGAAGGCGCGCACAAUCUCUCACGUCCACAAGGUCUCCCUCGAGGACAUCUACCGCGGCAAGGUCUCGAAGCUCGCUCUGCAGAAGUCAGUCAUUUGCCCCAAGUGUGCAGGUGUCGGCGGCAAGGAGGGUGCUGUCAAGAAGUGCGCUGGCUGCGACGGUCGCGGCAUGAAGCACAUGAUGAGGCAGAUGGGACCCAUGAUCCAGCGCUUCCAGACGGUCUGCCCUGACUGCCAGGGUGAGGGCGAGAUCAUCCGAGACAAAGAUCGAUGCAAGCAGUGCAACGGCAAGAAGACCAUCAUCGAGCGCAAGGUUCUGCACGUUCAUGUUGACCGUGGUGUCAAGAGCGGCCACAAGAUCGAGUUCCGCGGCGAAGGCGACCAAUUGCCAGGCGUAGAGCCCGGUGAUGUUGUUUUCGAGAUCGAACAGAAGCCCCACACGCGUUUCCAGCGCAAGGACGACGACCUGUUCUACCACGCCGAGAUCGACCUGCUGACCGCCCUUGCUGGAGGCCAGAUCCACAUCGAGCACCUCGACGAGCGAUGGUUAACCGUCGACAUCAUCCCGGGGGAGUGCAUUAGCCCGGGCGAAGUCAAGGUCAUCCGCGGCCAGGGUAUGCCUUCGUACCGCCACCACGACCAUGGCAACCUUUACAUCCAGUUCGACGUCAAGUUCCCCGAGCGUCUCGGCAACGAGGAGGAUGGCCCCAUGGCACCUGAGCAGAUCCGCGCCCUCGAGUCGGUACUCCCACCACGCAGGGUACCCGAAUCUAUGCCUCCGCCAGACGCCAUGACCGAGGACUUCACUCUCGAGACAGUCGACGCGAGCCGCGAGUCUCAACGCGCACGUGGUAUGGCUGGUAUGGAAGACGACGACGAUGACAUGCACCCAGGCGCCGAGCGCGUACAGUGCGCGUCACAGUAAGCAAUCAGAUGAAUUAGGAGUCGGGGUCGGAGUUGAAGCAUGAGUUACGAAGUACUACGGGCGCACGAAUCCUUAACGAUACCAGCGGGGAUGGGUAGAACAAGGCGUCGUGGCGCCCUGUGCUGGACAGUGUCGACUUCGUGUCGGCGCAGCAUUGAGGAAGCAUUGCCAUAUUUCUUUUGCGAGACAGUUCCUAGACCUAAGGCAGUGAACCACGGGGGUUUUUUCUCCUCCUGAUGAGCUAAGGGUUAUUCACAUCCUUUUUCUCCCUUUUUGUUAUUUGGCAGCUUGGGGGCGUUCAUAGACAGCUGAGUAAAUCAUACCCGAUUCUAGUCGAUGUGGAACUCAGGCGGUAGAAUAGGAAUAUGCAGUAAUCUUCAUCG